AUGGACACCUCCACAACGUUGGAUGUGUAUGAAACUGACUACAGGAAGCCUGGAGUACAAAACUUCCCUGUCCUGGCCACCAUCAGGGGACGCUGCCUCUUGGGAGGGAAGGGACGAUGGCGCCAAGUGGUGGGGCUGGGAGUGGCCUUGUGUGCAGUCCCAGUCGUGGAGAAGCAGAGCUCCAGCGCUCUCAGUAAUGAAGCCUUGAUCAAAAGAGCAGUUUCCCUGGUAACAGACAGCACUUCUACACUCCUCUCUCAAACAACCUAUGCACUGAUUGAAGCACUGACAGAGUACACAAAGGCAGUUUAUACCUUGGUGUCUCUCUACAAGCAAUAUGCAAAUCUCCUUGGGAAGAUGAAUUCUGAAGAGGUGGAUGCAGUCUGGCAGGUGGUGAUAGGAGCCAGAGUUGAUAUGACAGCAAAACAGCAGGAAUACCUGCGGCUGGAAUCCAGCUGGAUGACAGCCUUACGUCUCUCGGAGAUGGCAGCAGAAGCUGCCUAUCAGUCAGGUGCAGACCAAGCCUCAGUCACAGCCCGUAGCCACAUCCAGCUGGUGAAAUCCCAGGUACAAGAGGUGAGACAGCUGUCCCAGAAGGCAGAGACCAAGUUAGCUGAAGCUCAAACAGAAGAGCUCAUAAAAGCUCAAGGAGAGGAAUCAUUGCCACAGGGUAUUCUAGGAAGCACAGAGGCAGGUGAUGACCCUUACCUUCGGGAGGACUGAGGAGAGUUGAAGUGUCACCACAGAACAUGUGAGAGUCAACCACAAAUUGAAAAAUCCAAAACUUCUGAGUGUGGGAUAGUGGGAA